AUGCCAGCCCUCAUACAGCUCCCCUCAAGAUCCAACGCAUUCUCACGGUAUACUCCCAGCAAGAAUGCCUACAACGACUUUAUCAACCCCGCCCUCGCCGCACAAUCCACCGUCCCCACCGUCUCCCUCCACCUGCCUUCCCAGCCCCAGUCCUCUAUCCAUGCGCAGAUAGAACCUCUAGCAGAAUCCAUCAAGGCCAUUUUGACCUUCAAGCCGACGCCAGUGUCGUACCACCACAUCUCUACCCUCACACGGAACAUUGCACUCAAGCAGCCCGAUCUGAACAAAAGAGUGCUCGACACUUUCGAGCAGGAACUCGUGCAGACAUGCCAGACUAUCACCAAGGAGCUGAGGAGAGGAGUAAUGGCGAGGGAUAAGGGCAUCUUGGCCAAGAUCACACAAGAGUGGCGCUCUCUGAAACAACGCACCGACUUGCUGCGUUCAUUACUUGUCUACCUUGACCCCCCUACGGCAAUCGAGCCGCUGAACUCGCGUGUGGCCCGCGUCUUCAGACAGCAAGUAUGGGAAGACGACAUCCUCUCCAGCGCUCGCUGUGCCGAGCUCCUAGACUGGCUUGCCCUAGAGCGCGCCUCUUCUCCCUCGCCAUCCAAUCCGCAACAAAGACAGACCAUCAAGGACAAUUUCUCUCUCUCUCGUGACCUCUCCCUUCACUCGUUCGAAGUCGAAACGGAGAAAUGGCUCGAAGCCACUCGCGAAUACUACCUCAACACUUGUCAGGGGAAGAUUGCGGGUAUCGCCUCCCAUCCCGAAGCGGCGGCAUACAUCUCCUGGUACCUGCAGUCUCUCAAAGAAGAAGUCUGUCGCGCCCAAUGGUGUGUCAGUAUGUCUUUUGCCGAAGAAGUCGCCGGCAACAUCCUCAAAGAGACGUCUGAAGAAGUCGAAGACGGCGGUAUCAUCCUCUCUGCCGUCUACCACGCUCUCUCCCUCGCUUCGGACGGCAGUGCACUCGCCGAGGUGUACGAAUACACGACGAAUGUCAUGGCGUUUGACAUUCUCGUCUCCUCUGUGGAGAGCUUUUGUAAGGAGAAGGUGGGCGAGAUUGCACUCCGAGGCGCGACCGCGAAGGACGAGAAGGAAAAGGAAGCGGUAGAUGGCGAGUUGAUGGUCUGGGACCUUUUGGCGCUACGACGAUGGAUUAACGCCCUUAUCGACUCACUCUUCCCUCGCUCCAUCCCCGACCCCACUGACGGCAAAGGCAAGGCCCCUCUUCUCGACUCUGACGGCGAUGCUCUCAUGUCCUCUCCACCCACUCGCGCCAUCGACGAGAAGCUAUCCAAGGAACAUUACUUUGAGCUUUCUGAGAGUGUAAGGACGGGGUUCAAGGCGGGGUUGGCAAAGAGGGAAGCGGUCCCGGCAGAGUAUGUGGCAAAGUAUCUCGACAGAGUGAUGCGGCGCGGAUCGGUCAAGCCGCCUUCUUCAAGCACUGUCCCAUCCGACGACGUCCCUUCAUUCCAAUCUCACCUAUCCGAGAUCGUGCAUCUUUCAGGUUUGCUCCUUGAUAAAGACGUGUUCAAAGCGUUUUACGGACGCUCUCUUGCCAAACGUCUACUGCUGAGCAAGAGCGCGAGUGAUGAUAGUGAAAAGGGCUUGGUGAGAAUGUUGCAGAAAGAGAUGGGCGAAGAGUUUACGGCGGGCGACAUUAUGAUGAAGGAUCUGCAAGUUUCAGAGACAUUGGUAAAAGCAUACCAAACCGCCAAUCCUUCCUCCAAUCUGAAUUUCACCACAAACGUUCUCACCGAAUCCGCCUGGCCAGCUUCAUCCUCUUCCUCUUCCUUCACUUCCACUACCACCACCACAACACCCGUCAUCUCGCCCUUCCGCCUCCCACAAGUGUUGCAGAAUGACAUUGCGUCAUUUGAAGCUUGGUAUAAGGACAGAUACAAGAACCGUGUACUCGCAUGGCGCUGGGGCUUGGGCAGUGUUACGAUGACGGCGCGGUUUGGACAGGGGACGGAGGGUGGAGAGAAAAGGUAUGAGAUCGGAGUGAGCUUGUAUCAGGCGGUGGUAUUGAUCAUAUUCAAUGAUAAUGAUCAUUUGACCGUGAAAGACAUCAGAGAGAGGAGUGGGAUCCCUGUGAACGAAUUGACACCCACACUUCAGUCCCUCGCGCUCGGAAAGAAGGGGACGCGAGUGUUGCUCAAGAAACCGCCAGGGAAAGAGGUCAAGGAUAGCGAUGUGUUUGGAUGGAACAAGUCUUUCUCCGGGGACAAGUUCAAGUUCAGAAUCAACGGUAUCCAGCAAGACAUCAGCGCGGAAGAAUCCAAAUCCACCCAAAACCAAAUCUCCCUCGACCGCACAUCCAUCCUCGAAGCCACCCUCGUCCGCCUCAUGAAAGCUCGCAAACGUCUUUCCCUCCAGCUCCUCAUCGACGCUGUGGUAGGCGAAGUGAGCAAGAGGUUCCCGCCCGAUGUAAAGGAGAUCAAGAAGAGGGUAGAGAGUCUGAUUGAGAGGGAGUUCUUGGAAAGGGAUGAGGAGGAUCGAGGGGUGCUCAAGUAUGUUGCUUAAGGGAGUGGCUCACGCUUCUUCUACGAUGUUCAUCUUGGAAUGCAUACAUCAUACCACUAGGUCUCACGAGCCGCUAACGACACUAAACCUCCUGCUCCAAGCCCAGCAUGGACCUCACUGCCAUCAACUCCUCGGCUGGCUCCUCAUCCCCGCGUACUUAGAAGAUGAAGAGGGGAAUGGUGUGCUUAUACAGCUACGAUGACUUGUAGCACGAAAAAGUUGAUGUAGUCAAAACACAAGCCGUACUCGCUCGCACUGCUGGUCCAAAUUGAUGUUGAUGAACGAUUGUAUCGUCUAUGAAGAUGGCCUGUUGAAUACAGAAUUGAUUACUAUAGGAGUACAAAUCUAUACUCGAUGAUGGUGUGAAUGCAGUAAAGUAUGCGCGGUGAAAAUGCCUCUCUCUCCUCUCUCCUCUCUCCUGCUCCUCCCCAAUUGACGAUGUCCUCUUUCGCCUGAUCUAUCCCUCUCUAUUUCAACUCCUCCUCCCCCCCAUUCCGCGCAGCAACCCGCCUAAACCCCCACACCAGAUUCUCAUAAACAACAAACGUCGUACACGUCCCCGGCAAGAUCCUGAGCGCAUUCGUACCGAGGCCCUUGUAGAAUGCGAGCAAGCCUUCUUGGCGGAAUAUGGAGGAGAUGAGGUGGGGGAGGGGAGG